ACGCACUGACGCACGUAUUUAUGAGGCGGAGUUAAAGAGGAGCUGAGCUCAUGAGGAAAAACGCCCGGAAAGAUAUUCGCUUGGUGCUAAGUUACUUUAACUAUAUAUAAACUCAUCUGUAGGACGUAGGCUUGUAUUUUACGUUUAGAGUGGUAUUAUACUGACGUAAUAGCCACAAAAACGGUUUUCGUACGAAAGUCUCAAGUCCUGACGAUUUAUUCCAGAUGAGACGAGCAAAGCGACAGUAACUAUGGGUGAAGCGCUCAGCUCUAAAUUACCGGUCAGACGGAAUUCAUCUUCUAAUUCGGGAUGGGAUUCAACUAAGUAUGCUUUUAAUAUUCCCUUGGACAUCCUUGAGGAAAUCUUUCUAAAUCUGCCUGCCCACAUGGUGGUUUGUGUGUGUCGAUUAGUUUGCCAUCAUUGGAAAGAUGUCGCAGAUAACGAGUCUCUCUGGAGACAAAGGUGCAGAAGAGAAGGAUAUAAUCUGCACGAAUCUUCCAAAGUAACAAGCGACUGGAGGUUCUUUUACUUCAUGUGCAAGAAAAGGAGAAAUCUCAUAAAGAAUCCAAGAGGGGAAGAUGAGUUUAAGGAUUGGAAGAUAGUAAGGAAUGGUGGUGAUGGAUGGAGAGUAGAGAAACCUAUUGCACAACACCCGAAUGCAGAAGUACAAACAAACUUUGUAACUUCCUUCAGAUUGUGCACAAAGUCACAGCUCAUUGACUUGGUGAAGGAGGGUUACAGCCAGGCUUUUAUGGAUGAGGUUCAGCCCCACAUCAAGGUGUCCGACUGGUAUGCGCCUCGAUGCGACUGUGAAUACAACAUGUCUGUGAAGCUGCUGCACAGAAACAAAAGGGUUAUUGAGAAAUUUACUCCCGGUACUAUUCACCUACCUGAACAGGAAAAUCACAGGUGGAAACAGAUGAUCCAUGUGUUUAAGGACUAUGGACCAGGAGUCAGAUAUGUCUACUUUGAGCACGGCGGUAAAGAUUCUGUAUUCUGGGCAGGAUGGUAUGGGAUUCGCUUAACAGAAACAUCCAUUGAAUUAUGUCCAGCACUGGACAAACAGAAUUAUGAACCCUACAGUGGUUAAGAAGACAUGUUUUAACUACUAUUCCACAACAUUACUCUUUAGGCCUUUAACUUGAGAAACAUGCUAUAGAGAACUGCAAAAUAGACAUCAAAUUUUGAUCAUCUUAAACUGUAGGAAGGCCUUUAAAACCCAAUAUUUACAAGAUUGUCCAUUUUAAUUUUUGUACUUUAAAUCUAUUUAUUUGGAAUGUUCUGUCUUUUUUUUAAUGAUAUAACCCAGUGUAGUAAUGUUUUUAAAUAUGCUCGUUCACACUGCUCACUAUGUACAUUUAGCAGUCUUGUACUUCAAGUUGUAUUCUUCCUGCCACUCUUUUGUCCACAUGUGUAAAAAUGUAAUUUUCCCCUUUGUAAUUAUCAAGAUACAGAACAACAUGUGUUAUUUGAAGAUUUAAUCAUAAUACUGGUUUAUUGUUGUGCUUUUUUUUUUAUCACAAGCAAGAUACAGUACAACUUUGUCAAGUUGAAUACAAUGAAAAAACAUCUUUCAGGUUAGCCGUCUCAGCUUCUCAAACCUCAUGAGUAAUGCACAAUUUCAUUCAGUAAAUAAGUUAUUCUUACUAUAUUUACAAGUCACUUCAACAAUUCACCUUAAAAAUUCGGCAUGGAAAAGACAUGUCAUUGGUUCUGUCAUUUAACAUCAAGCUGUUACUGAUGAGAUGCAAGCAAUGUUGAGGUUACCAAAUAACUGAACUGGUUGUAAAACUUUGGCCUGUAAACUGAGAUACCCGAGUCAUCAAAAUGAAGAUUUAAGCUUGACCUAAGUGCUGUGAACAUUUCUCUGGCAAAAAAAAAAUGUCAAAUCAAUAUUUCUACAAUUGGAAGUGAAAUAUAUUUCCUGCCUAUUUUCUCAGGUCAUGUCUUGGAAAAACCAGGACAAAGAUGGAGAAUUAAGUAAAGGAAAAAAAAAAAAAAAAAAAAAA